AUGGCGCCAUCAACAUGGCUUGUUGUUGGAGCGUCUAGAGGCAUAGGGCUCGAGUUUGUGCGGCAAUUGUUAGAGCAAGGCAACCAGGUCAUUGCAGCAGUGCGAAACCCUGAGACGGCCAACCAGAUUUGGCAGUUGUCUGCUCAGCCAACGAGACCUGGAGCGUGUUUGAUAGAACAGUGCGAUGUUACCGACGAAGCCAGCAUUGAUGCAUUUGUGGAUCGAAUGAAAGCACUGGUGUCCAAAGGGAUGAAGAUUGAUAAUCUUAUAUUAAACGCCGGUAUCUUGAAAUAUCCCAACCGAGCCACCGAAAUAUCAUUUAGUGACUUCGCUCUGCACCUCCAUACCAACACCAUCGGGCCCAUUAUCGUGGCACAGAAACUGCUCAGUAUCAGCAGUGCCGAUCCGCCAUCGAAAGUCGUCUUCAUAUCCUCCGACUCGGGAUCAACAGCGGACUUCCGAGACCAUGAGGAUGGGUUCGGUGCAUACGCUUCGAGCAAGGCUGCUCUCAACCAGAUGUUAAGGCACAUGGCUGCCGAGUUGAAGAGAAAAGGGGGAAAGUGGCAGGAUGUAUGCGUCUUAGCCAUGCAUCCCGGAGAAGUGCAGACGGAUAUGGCCAAUAAUAUCAGUGUUGACUGGGAGGUCGAAGGCGUCAUCAACGCCGACGAGAGUGUCGAAAAGAUGUUGAAGGUCAUUGGCGAGAAGGACAAGAGUCACAGUGGCACUUUCUGGCGUUGGGACGGGCGGGAACAUCCCUGGUGA